GAGUACUAUUCAUAUAUUUGAUUAAACUCUCAAUUUAGAUUCAUUUAACGAUACACGCUAUUCAAGGGAAGUAAGAUUUUUGUUCAGAUUGUCCAUGUGAUUAAUGACUGGAAAAUAUGUUAAAAUAUCUGUUUAAGCAAUCAAAUUUUUGAUAUUUAGAGUCGAGUGACUAUUUACGCUCCCAAGACUCCAGCGGUCAACGGUUGAGGCGUCACUACAUUUUUUCCUGUACAAUUUUGUUAUAGUUAAGUGGAAUGUGCGUCUUUCCUCGGAAAAGUAAUUUUGAUAAGGAAAUUGAACGGAAAGAAGGAACCAGACUAAAAAUGGAGCAUACCAUAUUAUUUAAAGGACCAAUGAUCCAUUCCGUUGAACGGGACCAUGUGACUGUAAUGGAAAGAGGUGCCAUUAUUGUCCAAAAAGGCAAGAUACUGGCAGUCGAGAAUAUUCACACGGAGUCUGAGAUGAUGGAAAUAGAAGCGAAGUACAGCCCAAAUGAAGUUGUGGUUUUGGAAAAAGGUCAAUUUUUAAUCCCAGGCUUGAUUGACACACACACCCAUGCACCACAGUUUCCGAACAAGGGGCUUGGCUAUGAUAAGACCUUAUUGGAAUGGUUGAAUGUUUACACCUUCCCUCUGGAGAGCAAGUAUGAGGAUGAAAACAUCGCUCUCAAGGUGUAUACGGAAGUUGUGAUAUCUACUCUGGCAUGUGGGACGACAAGUGCCGUGUACUUUGCCACAACACACUACAACUCUAGCUUUAAGCUUGCAGAGAUUGCUUUUAGUAAGCAACAAAGGGCAUGGAUUGGCAGAGUCAACAUGGACAGCAACUGUCCCCCAAAUCUAAUUGAGGAUACAGAGGUGUCAGUGAUAGACACAAUGUCGUUUAUCGACGCUGUUCAGGCUUUAAAUAGUGACCUUGUGAAGCCUAUUAUAACUCCACGAUUUGCUAUCACAAGUUCUGCAUCACUCCUCAAUCAGCUGGGAUUCAUAGCAGAACAAUACAAUCUGCACAUCCAGACUCAUCUCUGUGAGACAAAGGAAGAGAUUGAAGAAGUGGCGCAGAUGUUUCCGAAUUCCCCAACCUACACCUCUGUGUAUAAGGAAGCCAAAUUAUUGACUAGAAAGACUAUACUGGCUCAUUGCGUCCACCUACAGGACAGUGAAAUGGAAAUGAUCAAGGAUGCAAGAUGCAGCAUUGCACAUUGUCCCUCCUCUAAUAUCAAUCUGCGCAGUGGAGUAUGCAAUGUUAGAAGACUUUUGGAUAAGGGUAUCAACGUAUGUCUAGGCACAGAUGUAGCGGGAGGAAACAGUUCAUCUAUCCUGGACGAAAUGCGAGCAGCCUUGAAUACCUCCAUUACUUUGUCAUUUCAGCAUGAAGACUACAUACCUCUCUCAUACCAUGAGGUCUUCUAUAUGGCAACUAUGGGAGGAGCCAUCGCUCUUGACAUGGAGGACAAGCUGGGUAACUUUGUAGUUGGAAAGUCCUUUGACGCGUUAAUAGUCAACUCUGAUGUGGAAACUUUUGGCUUUAACUUGGACAUUUCUGAACUGUUUCAAAAGUUUAUCUAUUCUGGCAGCAAAAAAUCCAUUGCCAGGGUGUAUGUUGAUGGUAAUGUAGUCAUGUAAACCAGUAUGUUGUGUUGAAAAUUAAUUCUUAAAAGUGCCUUAUCAUUAAAAAUAUGUGAUAUUAGAAUUUUAUGUAAUUAAGAGUAGUCAUUGAAGGUUUGGCUUUUAACUGUUGUAUGUGAUAUCAUUAUCAUACCAUAAAUAUUAUUUUAAUAAUGUUAGACAUUGUGGAGAGUUGUGCCUUAAUUAUGAAUCCUGAAAUAUCUGAAGGAAUGAUAUAUCUUCUCAUAAGAAUUCAAAAUUAAUGGUUAUGCUAAGAACAAUCAUUAUUUUUAAGUCAGGUAAAUACUAAUGCACAUUGUUUUUAACUACUAUUUUAUAUUAAGAUGUGUUGCAGCAACUAAAUAUUAGGUAUCAUCACUGCAUUUGUUUAUUUGUUUAGAUAAUAGUAACCAUUGUAAGAAUAGUGGUUGUCCUUAAACAAUGGAAAAUUUUACUCAUUAAUUCUCAUGCCCCAAAAAUUGUCAUGUUUUAGAUUAAGAUGUGUUCAAACAACUUAGUAUUAGGCACUAUCAUAUGAUUAGUUUGUUAAUUUGAAUGUGUUUUAACCACUGUUUAGUUACU